UCCCUGCUUCAUUAGUAACACCCCAGCCAAUGAGCGCGUCCGUAACUAAUUCAUUCGUUUCUUCUGUCCUACCAGGGCAUUCACACAGUGCGAGGGGCAAUAGAAUUUCCUACAGGUUUUCUGCACAAUUGCUACGUUCUAAUUCGUCAUAAUGCCCAAGUGUAUCGUUAAUGGAUGCCCACACAGGAGUGGCCAAAAACUGCUUUACCCGGAUGUUGUUUUACAUCCCUUUCCGAAAAAUAUCGAAAGGAUUAGAAACUGGCUGAUGCAAACAGGCCAGCACUCGGAAGACCUCGAACAACUUACCCAAAGGAUAUUUCAAGGGUGGAAAACGGCAAACUUCCGAAUGUGUUCUAAACAUUUUACGGAGGGUUCCUACAUGCAAAGCGGAUCGCGAAGAAUUUUAAAACCAAACGCAGUGCCAACAAUUUUCGAUACUGUCCAUGUUCCAGUUACAACUGUAAUGGCAGUCGCCCCAAUAGGAGCUUCUGCUAAACGAAGAAGGGUUGACGAUGGACGGCCAUCGACUUCUUCGACAAUCGUAAGAGUCGUUUCGCGUCUUGCUACUGUUGGAACGCAGACCGACGUCAAAGGGCACUUCCAGGCCAGUCCCUUCCACAAGGAGCCAAUGGGAAUGUGGGAGGAAGCGAGUGACCCAGUGAUGGGGAAGAAGGAUAAAAAUGAGGAGCGGAAGGAGAGAAUCCUGAAUCUCACACUGGAGAUUAUCUAUCUGCUGACUGGAGAGGGCUACGUCAUCCCUAAGAAGAAGAGCCCAACUGUGGGUUUGGGGGCCCUGCAUGCCCCUGGCUCCGUCAUACAGAAGGAAAAUGACAAGAAGAUCCUGGAACUCAUCUCCAACAUCAUCCAGCUGCUGACUGGAGAGGUUGCCAUAAGGUGUGAGGAUGUUUCCAUCUAUUUUUCCUUGGAGGAGUGGGAGUAUAUAAAAGCAAACCAGGUUCCUUACAGGGAAGGGAUAAAGGAGGAGGAGGAGCCCCAGCAGCUCCGCCCACUGGCCUGUGAGUAUAAAGAUGGGAGCGAUGUUACAGCACAUACGGAAGCAACUUUAUGUUGUAAUAAUGAUGGGAAUCUCACAAACCCUCAUGUUUCUCCAGCGGAACAGCCCCCACCGGCCAAUGGGAUUAAAGAGGAGGCGGCUUCAUGUGAAGGGGGAAACCAAUCAGAUUACAGCAUUAAUCCCCUUACAGAACAGAUACAGGGAACAGACACACCUACUCCUAUCAUGGGGUGCAGCCUGAAUAACAGCUCGGCAGAGGAUUAUAUAUCGGUUGUUAUUAAAGAGGAAGAAUCUUCAUGGGAAGGGGGAAACCAAUCAGAUUGCAGCAUUAAUCCCCUUACAGAACAGAUACAGGGAACAAAUACUCCUAUCAUGGGGUGCAGCCUGAAUAGUUUAAAAAUGACGGGUAAUAAUCAUGAUGAAAAUUCCCAACAAUCUCACAUAACAGAAAAUCACAAACACAAUAAACCCUAUUCUUGUUCUUAUUGUGGAAAAUGUUUUUUAAAUCAAUCCGACCUUAAAUGCCAUGAAGUAACUCACACAGGAGAGAAACCUUUUUGUUGUUCUGAAUGUGGGAAAUGUUUUUCAGGUAAAUCACACCUUAUCAUUCAUCAUAGAGCCCACACAGGAGACAAACCUUUUUCUUGUAAAUGUGGGAAACGUUUUUCAAAUCAAUCCAACCUUGCUCGUCAUGAAAGGACUCACACAGAGGAGAAACCAUUUUCUUGUUCUGAAUGUGGGAAAUGUUUUUUAAACCAUUUCUAUCUUGCGCGUCAUCAAAGGACUCACACAGGGGAGAAACCAUUCUCUUGUUCUGAAUGUGGGAAAUGUUUUUCAGUCCCAUAUCACCGUGAUCGUCAUCAGAGAACUCACACAGGGGACAAACCAUUCUAUUGUUCUGAAUGUGGGAAAUGUUUUUCUAACCAAUAUCACCGUGAUCGUCAUCAGAGAACUCACACAGGGGAGAAACCAUUCUAUUGUUCUGAAUGUGGGAAAUCUUUUACAAGUCGAUCUAACCUUGAUCGUCAUCAUAGAACCCACACAGAGGAGAAACCAUUUUCUUGUUCUUAAUGUGGGAAAUGUUUUUCAAAGCACUCUUGCCUUGAUCGGCAUCAAAAGACUCACACAGGGGAGAAACCAUUUUCUGAAUGAGGGAAAUUAUUUGCAUUGAACAGUAAUCUAAAAAUACUCUUUCGCAUGAGAAAAACUGUACUUUACACAUCUGGAGAGGACCUGAGAGAGAACUCAAGGCGUGUGGGCGGAGUCCACCAGUGGCGUGUUAGUCGCGUCAUUUCUGAUUGGCUCAUGGAAACUAUAUUCCAUCUACACUGGGAACUGAACCUAAUAGCGGGAUACCGGGCAAGAUCCUAUCGCCACAUCCCGGGAAGGUUCUGCGGGUUGGAUCUAAGCCCUCUCGCCUCGGAUCCUGCGGGCCAGCUGGAUGUCCUUGGGCAUGAUGGUGACCCUCUUGGCGUGGAUGGCGCACAGGUCGGUCUUGAAGUCCUGAGCGAUCUCCCGGACCAGGCGCUGGAAAGGCAGCUUGCGGAUGAGCAGCUCGGUGGAUUUCUGGUAGCGGCGGAUCUCCCGGAGAGCGACUGUGCCGGGCCGGUAUCUGUGAGGCUUCUUGACGCCGCCGGUGGCUGGGGCGCUUUUCCUGGCUGCCUUGGUAGCCAACUGCUUGCGGGGAGCUUUCCCUCCGGUGGAUUUACGGGCGGUCUGCUUGCCGCUUUGGGUUUGGCUGCCUUGGCCUUUGCGGGGCUCUUUGUAGCUUUAGGCUUGGUGGGCUUCUUAGCCGGGCUCUUGGCAGCUUUGGGCUUGGCGGCCUUUUUAGCCGGGCUCUUGGCCACCUUCUUGGGUUUGGCAGCUUUGGGCUUCUUGGGGCUUUUGGCGGCCUUUGCCGGUUUCUUCACCUUCUUGGGGCUCUUUGCUGCUGCCGAGACCUUCUUGGGCUUUUUAGGGGACUUGGGCGCCUUCUUUGCCGCCGCCGCUGGUUUCUUGACUUUGGGCGCCGCUGGCUUCUUCUUGGCCGCCUUCUCCUUACUCUCCAGCGGCUUCUUGUUCAGCUUGAAGGAUCCGGAGGCUCCGCUCCCCUUGACUUGGCCUCCGGCAGCCAGAGCCUUCUUGAGAGCGGCCAGGGACACCCCGCUGCGCUCCUUAGAGGCGGACACGGCUUUCACGAUCAGUUCGGCCGCGCUGGGCCCGGCGGGUUUCUUGGCUUUAGCGCCUCCCUUCUUGGGCUGCUUCUUCUUGGCAGCGGCGGGUUCUGCCGGGGGAGGGGCGGGAGCGAUGGGAAUGUGGGAGGAAGCGAGUGACCCAGUGAUGGGGAAGAAGGAUAAAAAUGAGGAGCGGAAGGAGAGAAUCCUGAAUCUCACACUGGAGAUUAUCUAUCUGCUGACUGGAGAGGGCUACGUCAUCCCUAAGAAGAAGAGCCCAACUGUGGGUUUGGGGGCCCUGCAUGCCCCUGGCUCCGUCAUACAGAAGGAAAAUGACAAGAAGAUCCUGGAACUCAUCUCCAACAUCAUCCAGCUGCUGACUGGAGAGGUUGCCAUAAGGUGUGAGGAUGUUUCCAUCUAUUUUUCCUUGGAGGAGUGGGAGUAUAUAAAAGGAAACAAGGCCCUUUACAAGGAAGGGAUAAAGGAGGAGGAGGAGCCCCAGCAGCUCCGCCCACUGGCAGCCUGUGAGUAUAAAGAUGGGAGCGAUGUUACAGCACAUACGGAAGCAACUUUAUGUUGUAAUAAUGAUGGGAAUCUCACAAACCCUGAUGUUUCUCCAGCGGAACAGCCCCCACCAGCCAAUGGGAUUAAAGAGGAAGAGGCUUCAUGUAAAGGGGGAAACCAAUCAGAUUGCAGCAUUAAUCCCCUUACAGAACAGAGACAGGGAACAGACACACCUACUCCUAUCAUGGGGUGCAGCCAGAAUACCUCACAAAUGAAGGGUAAUAAUUACAAUGAAAAUUCCCACCCAUCUCUACAGAAAUCUGACAAAAAAAAUAAAUUACUUGGGAAAUACAGCUGCAAUGAGUGUCAUAAACAUUUUACUCAGAAGAAAAACUUAGAUAAACAUCAUAGAACCCACACUGGGGAGAAGCCAUUUUCUUGUUCUGAUUGCGGGAAAUCUUUUUCAACAAAACCUGGACUUGAUCGUCAUCACAAAACCCACACAGGGGAGAAACCAUUUUCUUGCUCUGAAUGUGGGAAAUGUUUUAUAACAAAACCAGAACUUGAUCUUCAUCAUAGAACCCACACAUGGGAGAAACCAUUUUCUUGUUCUGAAUGUGGGAAAUGUUUUACAAAUGUAUCUAAUCUUAUUCGUCAUCAAAGGACUCACACGGGGGAAAAACCAUUUUUUUGUUCUGAGUGUGGAAAAUGUUUUUCAAAUGCAUCAAACCUUAUUCGUCAUCGCAGAACCCACACAGGAGAUAAUCCAUUUUCUUGUUGCAAAUGUGGGAAAUGUUUUACAAAUGUAUCUAAUCUUAUUCGUCAUCAAAGGACUCACACAGGGGAGAAACCAUUUUCUUGUUCUGAAUGUGGGAAAUGUUUUUCAAAGCAAUCUUACCUUGAUCGUCAUCAAAGGACUCACACAGGGGAGAAACCAUUCUCUUGUUCUGAUUGUGGGAAAUCUUUUUCAACAAAACCUGAACUUGAUCAUCAUCAUAGAAUCCACACUGGGGAGAAACCAUUCUCUUGUUCUGAAUGUGGGAAAUUGUUUUCAAAUGCAACAAACCUUAUGCGACAUCAAAGGAUUCACACAGGGGAGAAAACAUUUGCUUGUUCUAAAUGAGGAAAAUUAUUUGCAUUGAACAGUAGUCCUAAGCUGAUGGGAAUGUGGGAGGAAGCGAGUGACCCAGUGAUGGGGAAGAAGGAUAAAAAUGAGGAGCGGAAGGAGAGAAUCCUGAAUCUCACACUGGAGAUUAUCAAUCUGCUGACUGGAGAGGGCUACGUCAUCCCUAAGAAGAAGAGCCCAACUGUGGGUUUGGGGGCCCUGCAUGCCCCUGGCUCCGUCAUACAGAAGGAAAAUGACAAGAAGAUCCUGGAACUCAUCUCCAACAUCAUCCAGCUGCUGACUGGAGAGGUUGCCAUAAGGUGUGAGGAUGUUUCCAUCUAUUUUUCCUUGGAGGAGUGGGAGUAUAUAAAAGGAAACAAGGCCCUUUACAGGGAAGAGUUAAUGGAGGAGGAGGAGCCCCAGCAGCUCCGCCCACUGGCCUGUGAGUAUAAAGAUGGGAGCGAUGUUACAGCACAUACGGAAGCAACUUUAUGUUGUAAUAAUGAUGGGAAUCUCACAAACCCUGAUGUUUCUCCAGCGGAACAGCCCCCACCGGCCAAUGGGAUUAAAGAGGAGGUGGCUUCAUGGGAAGGGGGAAACCAAUCAGAUUGCAGCAUUAAUCCCCUUACAGAACAGAUACAGGGAACAGACACGCCUACUCCUAUCAUGGGGUGCAGCCUGAAUAACAGCUCGGCAGAGGAUUAUAUAUCAGUUGUUAUUAAAGAGGAAGAAUCUUCAGGGGAAGGGGAAACCCAAUCAGAUUGCAGCAUUAAUCCCCUUACAGAACAGAUACAGGUAACAGACACGCCUACUCCUAUCAUGGGGAAUAGUUUAAAAAUGGAGCGUAAUAAAAAUGAUGAAAAUUCCCACCAAUCUCCACAUAAAUCUCACAUAACAGAAAAUACAUUAAGUGGGAAAUACAGCUGCAAAGUGUGUCACAAACACUUUAGUCAUAAGAGAGACUUAAAUAAACAUCAAAGAACCCACAAUAAACCCUAUUCUUGUUCUAAUUGUGGAAGAUGUUUUAUAAAUCGAUCCGACCUUAAACGCCAUGAAAUAACCCACACAGGAGAGAAACCUUUUUCUUGUUCUGAAUGCGAGAAAUGUUUUUCAAGUAAAUCACAACUUAACAUUCAUCAGAGAAUCCACUCAGGAGACAAAGCUUUUUCUUGUGGGAGAUGUGGGAGAUGUUUUUCAAAGCAAUCACUCCUAAAAAUUCAUUAUAGAACCCACACAGGGGAGAAACCAUUUUCAUGUCUUGAAUGUGGCAAAUGUUUUUCAAACAAAUCUGACCUUAAUCGCCAUCAUAUAACUCACACAGGGGUGAAACCUUUUUCUUGUUCUGAAUGUGGGAAAUGUUUUUCAAAUCGAUCUGACCUUGCUCGUCAUCAAAGGACCCACUCAGAGGACAAACCAUUUUCUUGUUCUAAUUGUGGGAAAUGUUUUUUAAGCCAUUUCUAUCUUGCUCGUCAUCUCAAGACUCACACAGGGGAGAAACCAUUCUCUUGUUCUGAAUGUGGGAAAUGUUUUUCAAACCCAUAUCUCCUUGCUUGUCAUCAGAGAAUUCACACAGGAGAGAAACCAUUUUCUUGUUCUGAAUGUGGGAAAUGUUUUACAAGUCGAUCUAACCUUGAUCGUCAUCAGAGAACUCACACAGGGGAGAAACCAUUUUCUUGUCCUGAUUGUGAGAAAUGUUUUUCAACCCAUGCACACCUUAAAAAUCAUUAUACAACCCACACUGGGGAGAAACCAUUUUCUUGUUCUGAUUGUGGGAAAUGUUUUUCAAAGAACUCUCACCUUUAUAAGCAUCGAAAGACUCACACAGGGGAGAAACCAUUUUCUGAAUGAGGGAAAUGAUUUGUAUUGAACAGUAGUCUAAAAAUACUCUUUCACACAUGAGAAAAACUGUAAACUUGUUUUCCGAAUGAGGCUAAAAGACUCCUGGUAAAGACUCCUGAUGGACACUGGGUAAUGCUAAGACAGGUGGUGCACCAAAGCAGAAU